AGAGAGAGAGGGCAGUUUGAAAGAAGAAUUCUGGAGCCUGUGUGCUGAGACUAUUUUAGUGAGAUUAUAUUUAGACAGUGUUUCGGUUUGUCUCGCAGACACACGCACUGAGGAGAGAUCCAACCACUAUUUCAGAAACAGCACAACCCCAAAUACAAGUCUGUCAAAUACAAAAAUAAAAAUGUGCACUUACACACUCUCUGAUUCUCUUCACAGCUAAAUCUAAGUGUCUGCCUCUCUGCUCUGUUAGAAGCCAAUCUGCUCCAUCUCCACUACCGCUGAGUGGAAAUCUUCAUCAUCCUCUCCUCCUGAGCUGCUGCGCCAUCUAAAACCUUCUCCAAGUUUCCUGUGUGGAAGUUGGGGAUUUUCAGCCUCUGUCACACUUUAUAAGAUUAAUGAGCUGAGUGCAGUAAACAGUGCUUUUUUUCUCUCUCAAGGAGCCAUAUUGUAAACGGUGCUGGCUGACUCCGCUCACCUAAUGUUAACCGUCAUUACAUCACCCAGAGGAAAACGAAAAAAUGUCCGAGAGAUGCUCUAUUGUUUGUGCGUUACACCGGGCCGGGAUGCGCCAACCCGCCGCCCACACGGCGCACAUGGCGACCGGGCGCCUUCCCGUUUUUUCUCCCCAGAGCUGACCCCCCGUUAAGACAAAACAAUGGCAGCUAGCCUGUGAUACAGCCCCUCGUUGCCACAGCAUUUGGUGGAAAAAUAAUAAUGCUGCUUCUCACAGCCAUCGCCGCCGCCAGGCCCGGACCCCCGAUUGGCUGUUUUGGGUCACAUGACCAGGAAUUGGCUGCAAUUUCGCCCCAUAGUUCUUCAGUUUAGCCUACCCAGGUCCCCAUACGCUAGUAAUAUCACCAAUAUACACAAUUAUUAUAUAGCCACCGCAUUUACGCCAUUGCGGUCGGGAGCCUACAUGCUCGUGCGUUUUUUCUUUUCGUUUUAUUUUUUUAAGAAGCCACAUUGUGUUGUGUGCGUGCGCGAGCGUGCAUGCGUGCGUGUAUGUGUUUUGUUUUUUUUAUUUUGGGGAAGGGAUUGUUCGGGGGUCUCGCCGUUUGAGGGUGAAGCCGGUCUGAGGGAGCUAUGAAUUUUGAAUUUGAGAGGGAGAUCGGUUUUAUAAACAGCCAGCCGUCCCUAGCAGAGUGCCUGACGUCCUUCCCCGCCGUCCUGGAGUCAUUUCAAACUUCAUCAAUCAAGGAGUCGACAGUAAUUCCGCCUCCCUUCGAGCACACCAUCCCCAGCCUCAGCCCCUGCACAGCCAGCCAGCCGAGACCGACUGCUAGGAGCCAGCAGAACCGGAGAACCUCCGCCACUAAUGGCCUCCAGACGCACCACCGAGGCGCCCAGCAGCCCUGUCCGCCCGGUCAGGCCCCGGCCACGGCCACGGCAGCCCCGGCCGGUCCGCUGGCCCACGAGUUCCCCUGGAUGAAGGAGAAGAAGUCAUCAAAGAAGUGCCCCAAGCCUGGGAGCAGCUCCAGCGGUGGCGGAUCCAUCAUCCCCCCUGCCUCAUCCUCCCCGUCGCCGACCGCCUCCGGGUACGCUUCGGCGGGCAUCGAGUCGCCCACAGACCCGAGCCAGGCCAGUCUGGAUGCUGGAGGAGCCGGGUCCCGCCGGCUGCGCACCGCAUACACCAACACACAGCUGCUGGAGCUGGAGAAGGAGUUCCACUUCAAACAAAGUACCUUAUGCCGGCCGCAGGCGGGGUGAGAUUCGCCGGCGCCUCCCCCCCUGGAUCUCGCCGAGCGGCAGGUCAAAAGUGUGUUCCAGAACCGGCGGAUGAAACACAAGCGCCAGACUACUCCCCACCGGGACGGAGGUGGUGGAGGCGGCCAUGAAUCCAGCGACCCGGGCGGGUUUGAGCCGCUCGAAGGCGCAGAUGCCUCAUCCCCGUACUCAAGCCAGCCGCUGGAAGCAUCUGGCACCGGGGAGGCUACAUCGGAGAGCGAGCCGGGGAGCGGCAAUCCGUCUUCGGCCGCUGCUCCCACCGCCUACGCCAAUGACAGCGGGGACAAUGCACAGCCCACGCCGGAGGAGCGAGGCCGUUUGAGCCGCCCCGAACGCCCACCGCAGCCGGGGCCACCUGGCUCCUCCGCCGCUGCUGCUUCCCACCACUCCCCGCCUGCGUUCAGCGCCACGAACUCCGCAGACAACCCGGGUCUGAUGCAGCUCAGCGAGGCCGGGCCCGCAGCAGCAGCGUCCGAUCCGUCAUUCUCUGAGCAGCGGGACUCCUCCAUCACCUCCACCUCCUCCUCGGCUCCUCCUGCCGCCUCCUCAUCCGCGCUCCCCGACCUGACCUUCUUUGCCGGGGACGCCUGCCUGUCACCCAGCCUGCAGAGCUCACUGGAUAGUCCGGUGGAUUUCUCCGAGGAGGACUUCGACCUGUUCACAAGCACACUGUGCACCAUAGACCUGCAGCACCUCAACUUCUGAGGCCGGCUGCAACCUUUAAACAUGAAGGGAAACUAAAAAGGAGUGAAGGAGUGGAGGGGCACAUGCAGGCCUGUGGAUGAACAAUCGGGCGGAGGAGACGGCACUCGGCGAGGACUCUGUUGUUUAAAAAGCAUAAAAGCUUCUCGGCAACAUUCCUGAAACAUUUCUGAAUGAAAAUUAUGUUCUUUUAAAAAUAUAUUUUUUCGUCUUCUUGCUGGUUUUACUUUGCGGCUGUAAUGUAGUUUAAGAGAGAUGCAGUUCAUUUUAUUUUUUUAAUUUUAAACAUCGAAGGGAAAUUGUUUUUCCACGAUCGAAACGUUGUGGAUUUUUUCUCUCUCCCCUUUCCCAAAUUUCAGGUAUUUAUUGCCUUUCUUGUUUUUGAUCGUUUUUGUUAAAACCCUUAUCAGUAUGCGUGGAUUUGUGUUCUCUAGUCCAUUCUGGUGCAGCUUCAUGGAUCCUUAAUAACUUCUCAGGAACUGUUCACGGAGUCUAGGUGCAGAUAGCCGGACUGCUCUUAGAAAAUCUGAACUGAAGAAUGAAUUUCAUUCUCUCUCUGAACGAGACAAGACGAGAGAGGAGCCCUGCUGAUGACCCGAGUUUUAGACCCUAGUUUAUUUAUUGAGAUUCUUUAAUAGUGAAAAUCCAAAUUAUUUAUUGUACAUAUAUUUUCAUAGUGGAAUAAUAAUAAUAAAAAACACACAAACAUUUA